GGAGAGGAGGAAGGCGAUGACGCCUGCUAUGGUGGCCGUGCUACGGGAGUCCCUCAGGGAGGUGUGCAGCUUGGAGGAUGUGGAGCAGAGGAUGGGCAGGUUCAUGAGCGCCCACGCGUGCCAGGAGGUGCUCCUCAUGAUGUGCCAAGUUUGCAAGAACAUUGAUGAGAGAAGACUCAAGAUGAAAGCACAUUGCCCUAUCGCUACUGAUCUUAGGCUGAAAGAGAAUGCGACUAGAGUUUUCAUGUGUUACAAUCCAGAGUGGCUCAGGAUAGGCUUACAUAUUGUCCUUGGGGGUGAUGCCUUGGUACAGAGUGGAUCCUGGAAACUGGACAAGGAGCUGAAACUUCUUCUGGAGAAGCAAUUGUUUUGUCAAAACAUGCCUCCAAAAACUUUUGCUCGCAACAACAGAACAGGUUGUACUGAAGCAUCAGGCAACAUCAUACUGAAAAGAAUGUUUCUGCUUGUCGCUGCCCUAGACAGAGCGAAAAUGGAAAGUGCACUGCCUCUCAAAUCUGGAAUCGAUAGCCUUGAUGAUGGUGGAUCCCCUCCAUUGUUUUGUCACAAAGCCCACAUAAAAUCUAGCCGGCAAAUUGUUCAGGAGUCUUUGGCUGAGGCAAUGCAUGGAGAAGGUGAUCUCCUUAUGCAUCUAUCAACAAUGGGAUACAAACUGAAUUACGAGCAGCUUGCUCUGUCAGAGUAUGACUUCACUAUAAGAAAUUUAUUUGAAGAUCUCCAGGAUGGCAUAAUUCUUUGUAGGGUUGUUCAGCUCCUGCUUUCUGACGCAUCGAUUAUUUCGCGAGUGAUUGCUCCGUCAGAUACACAUAAAAAGAAAUUGCAAAAUUGCACCAUGGCUAUCCAGUAUAUCAAGCAAGCUGGGGUUCUAUUAUCUGAUGCAGAUGGAGUCAUAAUUUCAGCAGAAGACAUUGCUAAUGGCGACAAGGAACUAAUUCUUUCGUUGAUAUGGAAUAUCUUCAUUCGUAUGCAGUUACCCUUGCUGGUAAACAAAACUUCACUAGCUCGUGAAUUAUCCAGGUUAAAAGCACCGACACUGGAACAAUCAAUCUCUGAGACCAAGUCGCACAUGGGCUUGCUUUACGAUUGGAUUCAGGUGGUAGGUGCAAAAUAUGGCAUAAGUGUGGAAAGUUCCUCUCAGAUUGACAGGAGAGCGCUGAACUAUUUAAUAAGUUACUAUUUGAACAUUAGCAUUCAUGGCUGUCCCCUGAAGGAAACAUUUUCUGAUUGUCGAAAGGAACUGUUCAGUUGCCACGAGCAAGAUACUUCCACUGAUAUCAUGAGCUUUCCAUCUAGGAAAAUAGGAAAAAUUCUUGGAGACUUUCUUCAGGGUUUUCCAGCUAGUGACAUCUUAGCCAAUGAUGUAUUAUUUGAUGAAAAGGGUGCAAUAGUUUUAACUGCACUCCUAUGUUCACAUCUGACUAAUGAUAAAAGAUUGGAGCAACUACGGAAUUUUAUAAAUGCGAGAUUGGACUACCAAAGCGUGCAGAAUAAAGUUUCUGCUGCAAUUAUAUCUCCAAGAAAGAAUGAUGUGAAGUAUCAACCCCCUCAGACAGAUAACACAGAUGAUUCAUGCAGGAGACAGGAGCGGGCUGCUACUACUAUACAAACUCAAAUCAGACAAAUGAUUGCAAAGAACAAAUAUCAUAAGCUUAAGACAUCAAUAUCUAUCCUGCAAGGUGCUAUAAGAGCUUGGUCAGCUGUUAACAUGAUAAGCAAGUAUAGGUGUCUAGCAGCCACCCUCUCUACUCACUGGCGAUCAGAUGGAGACUACAGCAGAUAUUUUAAUUUCAUAUCAGAAAGGCAUAGAUUUGUUCGAAUGAGAAGAUCUGCCAUUGUGAUUCAGCAGGCUGUUAGGAUUUGGAUUAGGGAAAGGAAUAGGUCUGAGAACAUUGAGCUUUUUGAAAGCCAUGAAUUCUUGGAUACUACAGCUUCGUCGAAAAGCCAUUGCAUAGAAAUGUACCAUGGUGAGAUUGAAACCAUAGCUUGCAAGGAUGCGGGUGCCUCAAUAGCUUCUGCUGCCCCUCAAUGCCUUGAUGAGACGGAAUGUACAGACUCAACCACCAUUCUGCAGCUUGGCGACCAAUACAGUAACUAUGUAGCUCCUGCCAUUCAGCUCUGCAACAGUGGGCAUGAGUUUGUAGCGUCUCCUAGUCCUCAUAGCAAGAGCGGCUCCAUAAAUACUGUAACUAAGCACCUAUUUGAAGAUGAGACUGCAAACAUUGCAUCAGACACUGAACUUGUGUACAAGGAUGACGUGGACUGUGGAAGCAAUAUUUCUUGUGGAGCUUCAUUCCAGCAUGAACGGCCUGUAUCUGCCCAGCUCGAUUUCUUACUUUGCAAAGACGGAAUGGCUGCUCGAAAGAUACAGUUUGCAUAUAGAAGAUUUGUACAGGAUAGAUCCUCAAGAAUGUCUGCUGCAACUAAAAUUCAGAGCCACUGGCGUGGUUUCACCAUGCGGAUCUGUUUCAAAAGGCAAGUUGAAGCUACCAUUGCCAUCCAAUCUGUAAUAAGACAGAACUUGUGCAGCUGGGCUUUUCACCAGCAUCACGAUGCUGCAAUAGAAAUUCAGCGUAUUGCCAGAGGACAUUUCGCUAGAAAGAGGCUAUUGGGUUCUGUACUGCAAGUCUACUCUACCCUUUUUACACUUGACCAAAGUCAGCAUAAAAGAUUUCACCAAAGUGCUGAACUAAAAAUUGUGGUGUACUCAGCUUUAAGGCUACAAAGAUGGUGGAGGAAGGUCAUAUUACACCAGUCUAUCAGAAAAUCAGCCAUUGCAAUUCAAUCCUCAGUUCGUGGUUGGUUAGCUCGUAAACAAGUCAGACAAAUUACCUCCUGUAUCUGUCUCAUUCAAAGAUGGUGGAGAAAGGUUCUGUUUCUUGAAUCAAGGAAACGAGCUGUGACUGCUAUCCAGUCCCAUGUUCGUGGUUGGAUAGCACGACGUGCAUCUAUUAGAAAAAAGAAGUGUAUUACUAUUAUUCAGUCCUAUGUCAAAGCCUACCAUGUGAGGAAAGCUUCAAAGCAAGAAGUUGCUGAUAUAAGGUCUAGAAUACAGAAGACUUCCAAACAAGUUGAUGACGACAUGCGCCUCAGUAGGCUAAUUUCUGCACUGUCGCAUAUCACUGGCUGUAGGAGCAUCAGCAGCAUUCGACAAACCUGCACAAGAUUAAGGACUGCUACAGAGCAUUCUGAGAAGUGCUGUGAGACACUUGUCGGUGCUGGUGCUGUAGAUAUUCUGCUGAAGCAAAUCCCUAACCUGAACCGUGGGAUGCCUGACCAGGAAGUCUUGAAGCAAGUACUCUAUACACUGCAGAACAUCGCAAGAUUCCCAAAUCUUCGACCGAUUUUAGUGAACAACCCACAGUUGGUAACCACUAUCUUCCAGGAGCUUCUGAGGUAA